GUUGAUUUUCCAUAUAGUCUAAAGAAACAGGUGGAGGAAGCCUUGUUUAAUGCAUUAAGAUCUAUUGUAUCUGAAAAUGAAGAAAAAAAUAGCACUCAAACUGCUCAAGUUAUAUUACAAGAAAAAGAAGAACAAAAUGCUUGUCAAAUUAGGACUAAUUUGUUGGAUGAGCAUAUUCAAGUAUUGGCAAGAAAAAGACACAAUUUGAAUUUGAAUGAUUUUGAAGAAGGAUUAUCAACUCCACCAAAAAAGGCCACUGAUAUAACAGGAGUGGGAAAAAAUAACGAUUCAUCAUCCAGUUUUGGAGUAUUACCUAGUGAUGAAGAAAGUUUUUCUGUUCCACCUACAAAUGUUUUCUCUAAUCAAGAACAACAUGAAGAACAACAUGAAAAUGAAAAUACUUAUAUAAAUGAUAUUCAGUCAUCUCAUGAGUUAGAGCCAUCGAAAGAAAAUCACAAGACAAUCUGCCAGGAGAAAUGGAAUGCAGUCAUAAAACCUCUUGUGAAAAAGUAUCAAAAAAACUUAGUGCCAAAAUCUGUUUUUGACAAUUUUCCUUUGGAUCUUACAAUUGAAGAAAUUACUGAGAGACCGUAUACAGGAACAUUCAACUAUAGAGAACAUCACAACUCAUUAUGGGUUCAAGAUCUAUACAAGCAAUUGUAUGUAAUAAGAGUAUUGUGUUUUCCAUCAUCAUUAACAAAUAUCAUUUCACUAUCACAUCUAAAGUGUUAA